CUUUACAAGAUGGUCAACCAACUGCGGUUAAGCUCUGUGGGCGAAUUAGUUCCACAUCCAACAAUGAAAACCCCAGAACUGAACAAAGAGACCGCACUAGGAAAGGGUCUUUUUGUCUGCUUGGGGCCAACCCCUGGUGCUAUUAACGCUAGACUUUCGGUCAAUUCUGACGAACCACCUUUGCCUGAGCUUGAGGCUGGCUGCUUUUUUAUUUUUUUCAAGAUUUGACUUGAGCUAUCCAUCGUUCAACGGAGAAAUCGUACAACACAAGUAAACAAGAUCAACACGAUGCACGGGACCCAUGAUGAUACUGCUUCAGCCGAACGAACUGACGAAACUCCCCAUGAGGGCACUGCGCUCUUAAGCAAGUCCCAGCAUCAUCGUUAUACAGAAGGAUUGGAACUUGAAGAUGAGGACCUAGAUGCCAAUGAGUCCGACCUCCUCUUGGCUCGGACAGCCUCCCACUCCGAGGCUUCGGGACUGGCGCCUCAGUCCCUAGAGUCAUCGAUGCUUAGAGGGCGUCGGUACUCCAAGGGCUCAGGACGCUGUCCGUCCACCACCCGCGGCUCUGAGGAUCUUGAAGCCGUAGCGGAAUCCAGCAGUAGCAGCAGAACCGACGUCGAGGCAGCGCUCGCAGGACAGUACUCGCCUCGAGAAUACCUCAUCGACACCAACCGGCGGCAGUUUUGGCUCAUCUUCGCCAGCAUUAUGAGCACCUUUUUUAUUGCCUGCUUUGAUGGGACCAUUAUGGCUUCAUCGCACCCUGUUAUCACGUCGUAUUUCCACAGCUCCAACAGCGCCUCAUGGCUCUCGACCGCAUUCCUGUUGACGAGUACAUCGGUUCAGCCCAUGGUCGGACGGUUCAGCGACACGAUUGGGCGCAAGUCGCCCUACUUGGUGACCAUGGGGAUUUUUGCGGCCGCGACAGCGUGGUGCGCGCUUGCGCAGAGCAUGACAAGUUUUAUCAUUGCGCGGGCUGUUUGUGGCUUGGGUGCAGGGGGCAUGAUGUCGCUCGGUAGCAUCAUCAUCAGCGACUUAGUAGACAUAUCUCGCCGCGGAACGUACCAGAGUUAUGCUAAUGUGGUGUAUGGGCUCGCAUCGGCUUCCGGGGCGGCAUUUGGAGGUCUCAUGGCCGAUACCCUGGGUUGGAGAUGGGAGUUUGGCGUCCAGGUUUUCCCGCUGCUCAUCUCGCUCGUUAUAUGUGUUUUUACCAUUCCGAAGGACCUGGGUUUGUACGUUGAUCGGGAGAGCUUCUUCCAGGCUAUGAAAGCGUUUGACUUUAGCGGUUCUGGUUGCUUGACUAUGUCGACGACGUUCUUGAUAUUGGGUCUCAAUCUUGGAGGAAACGUAUUACCUUGGUCCCAUCCCUUCAUCAUCGCCUCGUUAGUUGUCUCCGCCAUCUUCUUUCCAAUGUUUCUGUACGCAGAAAGUCUGGCGAAGCGCCCCAUCAUGCCCCUUCAUCUUCUCUGGCACUCACCGCGCGCCAAUAUCAUAAUGUCAAAUUUUAUCGCCUCCUUCCUCCUCAACGCAAUUCUCUUCAACAUCCCCCUCUUCUUCCAAGCCGUGCUCCUCACAACCGCCACCGAGUCCGGCCUCCUCCUCGUGGUGCCCUCGACCGUCUCCUCCGUCAUCGGCACCCUAACCGGCUUACUCAUCACUUGGACCCGACGCUUGAAAUGGCCCCUUUGGCUCGGCAGCCUCUUGUACCUCUUUGGCAUCAUUGUCCUAGCGGGCAUGCGGCGCGGCUGGCCCAUCUGGGCGUACCUGCUAUGCCUCGUGCCCUCGUCCAUGGGGCAGGGAUUUCAGUUCCCUGGUACAUUCAUCGCGGUGCUCGCCGUGUCGGAGCAAGAGGAGCAAGCGGUCGUCACGAGUACGCUGGCUCUAUGGCGCGCCCUAGGCAGCGUGCUGGGGAUCGCGUGUAGUAGUUUGGUCGUACAGAAUGCGCUGUUGGUGUAUUUGGAUGCUUAUGUUCAGCUUGACCCCGCCGACGGACGGAACGGGGAGUGGAAGAAGGGUAUCAUUGAGAAGGUUAGGAGUAGUGUGGAAGUAGUGGCAGGGCUGGAGAGUAACGUCAGGGAACAGGUUGUGUUGAGCUAUGAGGCGGCCAUCCGGCUGACUUUCUGGUGCUGUGUUGGAUUUGCAGUGGUGAGUGUUUUGUUGAUUGCGCCUGUUAAGUUGCCGAGACUUGGAGCCAGGAAAUGAUGGCGCCACUGAUAAAAGUAGGAGAAAGGACAAGAAUGGACGUUAUGGAUGAGUGGUAUAUGUAAGGAUUGCUUAAGGAUUGAACGAGAACCAAAUUGAUACCCCUCUCGGCAAAUACACAAUAAUCAGACUGCU